GAGUAGGAUUCUCAAUAGAGUCCUUUUUUUUUUUUUUUUUUUUUUUUUUUCCCAAAAGAGAAGUCAGAAACUUACGGCCCUGAUUUCUGCUCCCCACAAUAAAUAACUAUUCAAACAAGGAAAAAGUAGUCUUCUUCAUCUUCCCCUUUUAAUUCAAAAGCUCCAAUUUUUGUCCUUUACCCUUCUCCCCCACCCCCACCCCCACCUUUAUGUCACCAGCCUGCACUAAUUCCCCCAUUUUUUCAUACCCUUCAUUUCAAAUCUAGGGUUUCUAUUUCUAUUUCAACAUUUUCUCUUAUAUAUGGUUACUAGAGGAGGAGCUUCAUGUAAGUAAGUAAGUAAAUGGAAGGAAGAGAAGACAUGUCAUCGACUCCUUAUUAUCAUCAUCAUCAUGGGUUACAUUUACAAUCUGGGUUUAUGCCUGUUACCAAUACUAACAACAACAUUUCAGUUCAAUCCAAUAAUACUUCAACCCAUUUUGCUGCGUCCACUGGUCUGUCUGGUGAACUUGUGAAGAAGAAAAGAGGAAGGCCUAGGAAGUAUGGACUUGAUGGAUCAAACGUGUCUCUUGGACUUUCUCCACUUUCAGCUAAAUCUCCGGCGGUGGAGAACACCACGCCUAACCCGAAGAAGAGAGGCAGGCCUCCUGGAAGUGGGAGGAAACAACAGUUAUCUUCUCUUGGUGAAUGGAUGAAUAGUUCGGCAGGACUGGCUUUUGCACCACAUGUAAUGCAUAUUGCAGCAGGAGAAGAUGUAGCCUCAAAAGUAUUGUCAUUUUCGCAACAAAGAUCGAGAGCUGUAUGCAUAUUAUCCGCAACUGGUACUGUUUCAGCAGUUUCUCUACGUCAACCUACAUCGUCUGCCAACAAUGUCACCUACGAGGGGCGUUUUCAGAUUUUAUGCUUAUCGGGUUCAUACCUAGUUGCCGAAAAUGGUGGACCCCGCAGUAGAACAGGGGGUAUAAGUGUUUCUCUUUGUAGCUCCGAUGGACAUGUCAUAGGUGGUGCGGUUGGUGGUAUGCUUACUGCGGCUGGCCCUGUUCAGGUGGUGUUGUGUAGCUUCACUUAUGGUGGUGGUGGUUUGAAGGUGGCACAACCGGAGCUUAUCAGCCCUAAAGUGGAGCAUAAGUCUGAUGACAUAACAUCAUCAUCAUCACCGCCCAACCGUGCUAAUGCUCCUCCUUCGGGUCAAAACCUUAGUUUAAGUUCUUCAUCGGGAAUGAUGUCAGGUUUACGUCAGAAUACGAGAAAUCCCCAGAUGGAUAUUGAUCUUAUGCGCGGCUGACUUGAGUGAGUUUGAUGAUAUAAUUGACAAACACAUUAGGUGUUUUGUACAUUGGGAUGUAAAUGAAACUGCUAUCUAUGUUUGAUCAUUAUGUUGUUGCUAACAAGUUUGUUGUCCUAGGAAGAUUGUUAUUAUUAUUAUUAUUAUCAGUAGUAGUAUUAGGAUUGUUGCUAUUUUCAUUAUGUUGAAAAUUGGAAUCAUUAGAAGAAGAGGUUAGAAAAGUGUACUUGACCAGAUUAGAGUGAACUUCUAAGCUUUUUAAUUUUAUUUCAUUGUC